AUGGAUGCCAGGAAAGCCCAUAAAGGCUCCUCUUCAUCCUCACCAUCCUCCUCAUCAAAACGUUGGGAGUACCAAGUGUUCUUGAGCUUCAGAGGUGAAGACACACGCAAGGGCUUCACAGGCCACCUCCACGCCGCAUUAUCUAAUGCCGGAAUCCGCUCCUUUCUUGACGACAACGAGCUAGAAAGAGCGGAAUUUAUAAAAACCCAACUGGAGCAGGCAAUCGACAAGUCCAUGAUCUCCAUAAUUGUCUUCUCCCAGCGUUAUGCCGAUUCCAGUUGGUGUCUUGACGAGCUGGUGAAGAUCAUGGAGUGUAGAGAACGAUUGGGGCAACAGGUUAUUCCAUUGUUCUAUAAUGUUGAGGCUUCAGAUGUCCGGAAACAGACUGGUAGUUUUGCAGAAGCUUUUGAGAAACAUGAAGCGGGCAAACAUGAGAAAGAAAAGGUACAGCGAUGGAGGAAUGCUCUCAGUCAAGCAGCAGAUUUGUGUGGGGAAGAUCUUAAAAAUGCUGACAAUGGGAAUGAAGCAAAGUUUAUCGAGAAAAUUCUUGGGGUGAUUAAUAGCUUGGUGAACAGAAAACACCAAUUAUACAUCGAACACCUUGUUGGAAUUACUUCUCGGAUGGAGGUUUUGAGUAAUCACUUGGAUAUCAAAAAUUCAGGUUCUAAGGAUGUUGUUCGCAUGAUUGGUAUUUUGGGGAUGGGCGGCAUUGGAAAAACAACGCUUGCCAAAACCAUUUAUAACAAAUUUGAACGUUUCUUUGAAGGUCGUAGGAGUUUUCUUGCAGACGUGAGGGAAGUAUUUGCAAACCAUCGUAGUAAUGGUCUGGUUGGUUUGCAAGAACAACUUCUAAAUGAUAUCUUGAAAAACGAGGGCAUAAAGGUUGGAUCUGUUGCUAAAGGGAUCAAUAUGAUAAUAGAAAGACUUUGCUGUAAAAGAGUACUUGUCAUAAUUGACGAUGCUGAUGAUCUACAGCAACUAAAAGCAAUAGCUGGAGCUCGUGAUUGGUUUGGUCCUGGAAGUAGAAUUGUCAUAACAACAAGAAAUAAACAUUUGCUACAGCAAGUUGGAGUGGAUAGCACAUAUAUGGCUCAAGAAAUGGAUGAGGAAGAAGCUCUAGAGCUCUUUAGUAGGCAUGCCUUCAAAAUAGAUUGUCCUGAUCAAGAAUACCUUGACCUCUCAAAACGUGUAAUUCGUUACUGUCAAGGCUUGCCACUAGCACAUCGAGUUGUAGGGUCUUUUCUGAUUGAAAGAUCCAUAGAGGAGUGGGAAAGCCAUUUGGAGCAAUUGGAAAGAAGUCCUGAUGAAGAUAUUCAAAAAAUACUCAGAAUAAGCUAUGACGGGCUACCUGAUCCUAAAAAGAGAGAGAUAUUCCUUGAUAUAUCUUGUUUCUGUAUAGGAAUGGACAGGGACUAUGUAACACAAAUAUUAGAUGGAUGUGGCUUCUCUGCAGUGAUAGGAAUCAGUGUCCUCAUUGAACGGUGCCUUGUAACUGUUAGUGAGCAAAACAAGCUGAUGAUGCAUGAUUUGCUUCGAGACAUGGGAAGAGAGAUCGUUCGUGAAAAAUCCACCGGUAGUCCUGAAAAUUUUAGUAGAUUGUGGAAACGUGAAGACGUAAAAGAUGUAUUGAACGAUAAAUCUGGAACAGAAGAAAUUGAAGGAGUUGCUCUAGAUUUGCGGGGGAAUAAAUAUUUGCUUUGGGAACUGUAUCGAGAUUUGCAUUGGGAUCUAGAUUUGACUAGAUUCAGUGCACAAGCAUUUGCCAACCUGAAAAAACUGAGGUUACUCCACCUCAGCGGAGUAGAGCUCACUGGAGAGUACAAAGAUUUUCCCAAAAAGUUAAUAUGGUUGUGCUGGCAUUAUUUUCCUUUAGAGUCCAUACCAGAUGACUUUCCUAUGCAACCAAAACUAGUUGCUUUAGACCUGCAGGAUAGCUUCCUCAAAAGAGUUUGGAAGGAUUGCAAGUUGCAUCAGAAUUUGAAAAUCCUUAAUCUCAGUCGUUCCCGUUGGCUAACAAAAUCACCAGAAUUUUCAAAACUCCCAAAUCUCGAGGAAUUGAUAUUGGAAGGCUGUGUGAGAUUGUUGGAGGUUCACCCAUCCAUCGGGGAUCUUGGAAGACUUUCUUUGGUAAAUCUUGAAGGUUGCAGAAUGCUAGAGGAUCUCCCACUGAAUUUCUAUAAAUCCAAGUCUAUUAAAACUCUUAUACUUAAUGGUUGUUCUUUGGUAUCUUUAUGUUCUGUGAAAGGGUCGCCAUCAACAAAUCGUUUGCCUCCUUCCUUGCGAAGUUUAAGCUCUUUAAGAGAAUUAGCUCUUGCAGACUGGAGUUUAACUUCCUUAGAAAGAUUAGAUCUUGCAGGCAAUGACUUUCGCAGCCUACCAAGCCUCAGUCGUCUUUCAAAGCUUCAAGAUUUGCCUUUAAAUAAGUGCAAAAAUCUUCGUGCAAUCCCAGAUUUACCAAAAAAUUUGAAAGUCUUACGAGCAGAUGGCUGCGUUGCAUUGGAAAAAAUGCCAGAUUUUUCAGAAAUGUCAAAUAUAAGAGAAUUGCAUCUAAGUGAUUCGGGCAAACUCACUGAGAUUCCAGGCCUGGAUAAGUCAUUAAACUCCAUGACAAGGAUUCACAUGGAAAACUGCACUAAUCUCACUGCCGAUUUUAGGAAGAACAUCCUACAGGGAUGGACUUCUUGCGGAUAUGGUGGCAUUUUCCUCAGUGGAAAUGAUAUUCCUGAUUGGUUCGACUGUGUACAUGACGAUGAUAUUGUGUAUUUCACUGUGCCUCAAAGUGAUGGUCGUAAUUUGAAAGGGUUAACUUUGUCCUUCGGUUUCUCUUUCUCUUCAGAACGGUUCAGCCUUGGUUUUCGCAUUAGCAUUAAAAAUACGACCAAGGGUACUGAGCUUGAAGCCAGGAUCAUACCCGAUUGUCGAACUAAGGGUUAUUAUCUUUGGCAGGGACAGUUAUCAAAUGACGAGCUCAAAUUGCAAGACGGUGAUAAAGUCUUGAUUGAAAUAAUACCCGAAUAUGAUUGGGCGAAGGUGAAGAAAACAGGUGUUAGUCUGGUAUGGGACAAAUUAAUGAACGAAAAUGUGAUGGAUUACCAUCUUUGUGCGUAUGAACGACGCCCAUCUCAAAAUCUGGUCAAUGAUGAUGACAUCAUUCAUGUCGAAGAUGAUCAUGACAUGACAAAAUCACCAGACUUUUCAAAAUUCCCAAAUCUCGAGAAGUUGAUAUUGAAAGGUUGUAAGAAGUUGAUUAAGGUUCACUCAUACAUCGGGUAUCUUGGAAGACUUUCUUCGGUAAAUCUUGAAGACUGUGAAAUGCUAGAGGAUCUCCCACUGAAUUUCUAUAAAUCCAAGUCUAUUGAAACUCUUAUACUGAAUGGUUGUUCGAGUUUUAAAAAGUUGGCUGAGGGCUUAGGGGACAUGGUAUCAUUGACAACUCUGAAAGCAAAUAAGACACGCAUCAGAAAAAUUCCAUCUUCCAUAGUAAAAUUGAAGAAGUUGAGAAUUUUAUCUCUAUCUGGCUAUAGGUUAACUGAGGAUGCAAUCCCUAAGGAUCUAUGUAGCCUAAUUUCCUUAGAACAUCUGCUUCUUAGAGGCAAUGACUUUUGUAGCCUACCAAGUCUCGCUGGUCUUUCAAAGCUCAAAGUCUUGUGUUUAAAUGCAUGCAGAAAACUUCGUGCAAUCCCAGAUUUACCAACGAAUUUGUAUGUUCUGGAAGCAAUUUACUGUCAAGCAUUGGAAACAAUUCCAGAUUUUUCAAAAAUGUGGAAUAUGAGAGAAUUGUAUCUAAGUGAUUCGUUCAAACUCACUGAGGUUCCAGGCUUGGAUGAGUCAUUAAACUCCAUGACAAGGAUUCAUAUGGAAGGUUGCACCAAUCUGACUGCCGAUUUUAGGAACAACAUCCUACAGAGAUGGACUUCUUGCGGAUUUGGUGGAAUUUAUUUGAAUGGAAUUUAUGAUAUUCCUGAGUGGUUCGAAAUCGGCAAUGAUGUGGACAAUAUCGUCUUCUUUGAAGUUCCUCAAAGAAUCAUGGGUCGUGAUUUAAAAGGGUUGACUAUAUGCUUCGUUUACUCUUAUCUUGUUUUUGACCCAAAAGUUGAAGAUUAUGGUCCUAUUGGCAUUAUCGUUAGAAAUCUUACCAAACAAACUGCUUUGCACACCAAGAUAGCAUUUGCCUCCUUAAAAACUUACAAUGAACCAUAUUCUUUCCCUUGGUGGGCACAAUUUUCAAAUGGACAUAUAAAAGAUGGUCUUUGGCAGGGACAAUUGUCAAACGAUGUGCUCCUUUUGGAAGGCGGUGACCAUGUAUCGAUUCUUGUAAGGCCUGAUAUUGAUUUUGUGAGAGUGAAGAAGACAGGGGUUCAUCUAGAAUGGGACAAAGUCAUGAAGGAAACUAAAUCGGAUCGUCAUUUGUAUGAUUGGGAAACAAAUGGGGAUUUUUGA